AUGGCAGCUGUUGACUAUGAAUUGAUUCGCAAUGCGAUCGCUCAGUACUCUCUUGCAAUCGAUCGAAAGGAAUAUCAAAACCUCGCGAAAGGUUUCUCAACAGAUGUUGUGAUGAAAUUCCCCGAACCAAUUGGUGUGCUAAAAGACCUUGCAACUGCCAUUUCUGCCAUUGAACGCGCACUUGAAAACUUGACGACCCACCAUGCUUUAACGACCCAGACCGUUGAGUUGAUAGACGAGAAGACCGCUUUGGCAACAACGUACUGCAUGGCUAUGCAUUUUGACACUGAGAGUCAGGGAAAGCGCAGUGUGACUGGAUGGGGAUCAUAUGAUGACAAGUUAGUGAAGGGGAUCUACGAUGGAAAGGAGGACUGGCGCAUUGUGGAAAGGACGGUGCAUUUCCAUGUUCCACAUACCGGAGAUGCGUCGUUGCUAGGAUUGAAUUAG